AUGGAGAAAAAAAUCGGGGUGUUGGCCACCAUCUUCCUGGCGUCCUUCGUGGCGCUGGUGGUGGUGUGCAGGCAGAGGUACUGCCACCCCAAGGACCUCAGGCACCACUAUGACACCAAGCCCAUCGUGGACCUGAUGGGGACCACGGAGACACCAUCAGAGCCCUCAGAGCUGGAGCUGGACGACGUGGUCAUCACUAACCCCCACAUCGAGGCCAUCCUGGAGAACGAGGACUGGGUCGAGGAUGCCUCGGGUCUGGUGUCCCACUGCAUUGCCAUCCUGAAGAUCUGCCACACGCUGACGGAGAAGCUGGUGGCCAUGACCAUGGGCUCAGGUGCCCGUGUGAAGUCCCCAGCCAGCCUGGGUGACAUCAUCGUGGUGGCCAAGCGCAUCAGCCCCAG